AUUACGCAUGUACAGUACAUGUAUUGUUAACCUUAUCCAUGUUCAUACGUGUACAUACGUAAGGUGCAUACAGCCAGAUUGCAAUGUAAAUGUUAUUGUGCGUUGCGCCAUUAUAGACAAUCAUCAUCAUUCACGGCAAAUAGAAUUACGGAAAAAGAACUUGGUAGCUAACUUUGAGCAGGAGUUUACAAGCACAGACUUUGUAUUGUAUUUGUAUGAGUGCUGCUGAACAAAAUGGAAACUACUGGCUUCGGAAACGAACAGUAGCAACUUCCACACCAGCAACAAAAACAGUUUCCAACUCCCCGAGAAAGAAUAAAGUCACAAAGCAGUCAGUAAAAUCUAAGAGAACAAUGUUAUCUCACGUGCCACUGGCGACUGAGGAUGAGUAUGUUGUGUCUGUUCCCGAUGAUGAGUCUUCCUCAGACUCGGAGGAGAGUGAUUGUGAGAAGGCUUUAAACCCUGACCGUGAGACGUCUACAAUAUCUGUACCAUGUCUACCAGAUCAAACUGAGGAGUCACCAGAGAAAGAAGAAGAAGGUGACGAGAUUAAGCCGGAAGGAGAGCAGAAACCUGAACAGAUCGUGGAAGCUGCAAAUGCUGAUCCUGAGGCAGAUGUCGUUGGCACCAACUUGACUCAAACUGCUGCCAGGCAGGCGGAGCGCUUUGUCCGUAAAGUGAAAGAGGCUGCUUGGCGCUGGCGUGUCACCCACCACAACCUUCUACCCGAUUGGCUUAAGGAUAAUGAUUUUCUCCACUUUGGACAUCGUCCCCAGAUCCCAUCCUUCAGGAGUUGUUUUGGCUCCAUCUUUCGAAUACAUACAGAGACUGGUAACAUCUGGACGCAUCUGCUCGGCUUCAUCGCCUUCGUCAUCUUGAUGGUCUACUUCCUUGUGGUCUCCAUCAAGAGUCAGGAAACGUGGCAGAAGAUUGUUGUAUAUAUGGCUUUCUUCACCGGAGCCAUCUCAUGCAUGUUCUUCUCCUGGGUGUUCCACACAGUGUAUUGUCACUCAUCUCAGACGUCACUCAUCUUUAGCAAGUUGGAUUACUCGGGCAUCUCGCUACUUAUUGUGGGCUCCUUCAUCCCCUGGCUGUACUUCGGCUUUUACUGUCACGACACCCUACGCUACUUCUACAUCUCACUCAUUGUACUGCUGGGUUUUAUCUGCAUGGUCGUCGCUCUGAGGGACAAGUUUAGCCAAACCAAAUUCCGUGGUCUUCGAGCAGGUUUAUUUUUAGGUUUGGGGCUUAGUGCCAUCAUACCUGCAAUGCAUUUCCUUGCAAUCAGCGGUGUAGUUGAAGCAUUUCAACACGCUGCCUUCGGAUGGAUCUUGGUCAUGGCUGGCCUGUACAUUAUGGGAGCCAUCGUCUACGCUGUGCGUAUCCCAGAAAGAUUCUUUCCAGGGAAAUGUGAUAUUUGGUUCCACAGCCACCAGUUUUUCCACGUGCUUGUUGUGGCUGCCGCCUUCUGUCAUUACCAUGGCCUCAAUCUGAUGGUUGCUUACCGUGAACAUAUCGGACAAUGUGCCGCUGACAUUCUGGACGACGAGAUAUCGCAGCCUUCUCUCACUACCGUGGCCUGAAUCUAAAGGUUUCUUAUCACGAACAAAUAAGACAAUAUGAGCGAGUUCGGUUGAGCGACUAGACUUUACAAGAAGCUGUGAUGUAGCUCUCAAAUUGACCAUACCGACCAUGCUCUGCAAAUGGUUCGAUGUAGUCAAUGUCCCUGUGCUUCAUGGUUUCUGGUUAGUCUAGUCGGUCUAGUUGAGUCUAGUUGUCACCUGAACUUGCUAUGUCCUAAUGAAAUC